GCAUUUGUAUUGUGGUAAAUGUAAUGCACUGUUUGUACUUUAGCUUGGGCGUCCGGCGUACUUUUAUAGUUUAGUCACAGUCGGUCUCCGGCGGGAGACGGACGCGCGUGUGAAACAUUCAAGUGUCAGACUUUCACUUUCGAGCAAACGUAAACAAAAGUUUGUAACCAAAGUAAAGUUGCACCAAGAUUUAUAACUAGUCGUAUUUAAAUAUGUCCGUCAUAAUAACGUGAAAUUUAGAUAAUCUUUGAAAUUUGCAAAAGUGUCACUUAUAGGCAAUUAGUGAGAAUUUCUCGUCGCAUCGGUCAUUCGAAAAUAUCACUGCCUUCACUGAAUUACUGACUCACUAUUUUUAAUCCAAUUGUUGCGGUUAAAGUGCGUCCAGAUAGUGGUGAACUGGUGUAACAGUGAAGUUGCGUUCCACAACUGAAAAGUCACAAUGGGAAAGGAUUAUGGAGAGCCAAUACGGUAUGAUCCUAACUUUAAUGGACCUACACACAAUCGGUCUUGCACGGACAUAAUAUGGCUAAUAGUGUUCAUCCUUUUCCUCGGAGCGUGGGGCUACGUUGGAUAUUAUAGUAUGACCAGAGGAAGUGUUGAGAAACUUUUGGCACCCAUCGAUACUAAAGGUCGCCGAUGUGGAUUAGACUCGGGGCUAGAAAACAAACCGUAUUUAAUAUUUUUCAACAUUGCAAAAUGUCUUGCUCCUGGAACUCCGAUAACAGGUUGUCCAACUACACAGGUUUGUGUGGAAAAAUGCCCAACCAAUACAAUUUUACUCGAAAAAGAAUUACGGCUGAAUCCGAGCACGUUUGAAACUUUAAGGCCGAGCAUGGUGUGCACAGAUGAAGUCAAUAUUCAGACGAUGACGAGUUCGCAAGCUCUUCAAUAUAUGCAAGAAGACAAAUGCGCCAGUUUUCUCAUUUCCAGUCAGCCAGUGUUGUUCCGCUGCAUCGGAGACCUCUCAACUCUGCAAUGCCAGAGCUCUAAGCAGAGCACUGGGGAAACAUGCGUGAGGAAUCCAGCAGAAGCGCAAAAAUCUUUGCUGAAUAGUGCCACGGCUCUUGAUUCUUAUGUUGGUUGGAUCGCUGCAAGCUGGGUUACAUUUUUCACAAGGGAAAAUGAACGCGAGGCUCAUAUAUUAUCGUCCCAAAUAGUUCAGGAUCUGGUUCAGUCAAGAUGGUAUCUCGCUGGCGCACUGGUAGCUGUGGUUAUCGUGUGCUUUAUAUACAUUCUUUUACUCCGGUGGGUGGUCGCUCCGGUAGUGUGGCUCUCUAUAGCUGGGUUACUAGCAUUACUCGGUUUUGCAAUGUACGUGUGUUACAAGAAUUAUGAGUAUUACAAAGCAAAUCCAGUAGGACUCUAUCAGACGACCAACUUGAAGGGCUACGCACAGUCAAUAUUUACUAAAUACUCAACGUGGCUCGUCAUUCUUGUUAUUGUUGCUGUAAUAUUCUUAAUACUGCUUCUUGUGGUAAUUUUCUUGCGCAAUAGAAUAACUAUUGCAAUUGCUCUUAUUCGUGAAGGCAGCAAAGCAGUAACCGCAAUUAAAUCUACAAUACUUUUCCCAAUAUUCCCGUGGAUAUUGCAGUGUGCUGUUAUAGCAUACGGAGUAUUGGUUCUCAUGUAUCUACUGUCGAUAGGAGAAUCAGCAUUCCGGGUUGUGAACAUACGCAAUGAUACGAGUUGCAGUUGUAGUGGCGUCUAUACAGAGGAAGGACAAGACUGCAAUCCAGCUAAGUUUGUUAGUGUUUGCCAUGACACCAGUUCCGUCGGGGGCCUCUUACCAUGCUCUCUGGCAUCUUGUCACUUCACAGGAAUUGAUAAUCCAACUAACGUGAUAUUUUUACAUUUGGUUAAUUUGCUUGGUUUCUUCUGGACGAUGUUUUUCAUUAGCGGCAUUGCUGAUAUGAUGUUAGCUAGCACCUUUUCUACUUGGUAUUGGACAUUCCACAAAAGAGAUUUGCCCUUUUUCACUCUCACAUCGGGCAUAUAUCGGACUCUUCGUUACCACUUAGGAACAGUGGCCUUUGGAGCUCUUAUAAUAGCGAUAGUGCGUGUUAUACGAGUAAUUUUGGAAUAUAUCGAUCACAAAGUGAAAAAGUUCGACAAUCCAAUAUCGCGUUGCAUCUUAUGUUGUUGCAAGUGUUUCUUCUGGUGUUUGGAGAAUUUCCUGAAAUUUAUCAACAAAAAUGCAUAUAUUAUGUGCGCUGUGCACGGGAAGAACUUCUGUAAGAGCGCUCACGACGCAUUCUCUUUGCUCAUGAGAAAUAUUGUUCGUGUAGUUGUUUUGGACAAGGUGGCAGAUUUUAUAUUCUUCCUAUCAAAAUUAUUGAUCUCUAUAGGAGUGGGAUUUGCCGUAUAUUAUUUGUUAGAAUGGAACUACGUAUACGAGAUAACUAAAGGCGAACGUUUGCAUUACAACUAUGUUCCCGCUAUCAUUCUGAGCGUUGCCACCUACCUCAUUUGUACAAUAUUCUUCAAUGUUUAUUCAAUGGCUGUGGAUACCCUAUUUCUCUGCUUUUUGGAAGACUGCGAAAGAAAUGACGGAUCACCUGAGAAACCUUAUUUCAUGUCGAAGAAUCUGUUAAAAAUUCUUGGUAAGAAGAAUAAGAAACUAAGAUAAAUACUUACCAUUUUCGUCUUAAAUCGUUUUAUUGUUAAUGCAGCCCAGAGAGUACUAGUAGAGUUUAAUGAUUGAUAAUAUUGGUAACUAUAUAUUGUAUGGAAAUAAGAUUUAAAUAAUAAUAAUUUUUAUGCAAAAACAAUGCAGAGUGCCAAACAAACAAUGUCAAUAAGAGUUGUGAGAUUAUAUCCUUAUAUUCUAUUAAUUUUAUAUUGCAUAUACAUAAAUGUUCCUUAUGUCACGAAUAUAGGUCUACAUAUUUAUAUGUACAUUUUUAAAUAUGAUUCAUGAUUCACAAAAGCCAAAUAUAAUGUAAAGUAUUAAUAAAAAAUUUCGAAAUCUUUAUUGUAUUGUGAUAACUGAUGUAUUUUAUAAGAUUUUUAUUACGUUAGUUAUAGCGGUUUUAAUUCGCAAGAUUGUCUUUUGAAUUUAUAGUUUUAAUAAACUACUUUUAACAAAA